UUCAACUAUGGCCCUAUGGGCCAACCUCCCGCUCGGGGUAUUACAAUACAGUGUUCGAAGGGGGGAAUACUCACAUAGUCACAUAAUACCUUUUGCAUUGUUUAGCUCCGAAGAUGGCGGAUUCGACGAGCGAUCAGGUUUCCAUGUUCCUGAAGACUGGCAUAUACCGGUUCGAGAGCUCCAACACUGUAUUCAUCGACCAAGUUCGAGUUCUCAACCGGUCUUACGCUCGAUUCCGGGUUUCACCCUCAGCUUACUACUCUCGCUUCUUUGAUUCCAAAGCCUCCCAACCACAGCCUAGGGAUUCCACACACUCGAGAAAACGUAAACGGAAACAGAAGCCUGGGAGGCCUCACACUCUUAACGGGAGAGAGCAAGUUGCCGAUCGACGGCAUCAAGAGGUGAGGGAUUUUUUGGCGAAGGCACAUGAAGAUUUACUUGGAGCUACUGAUUUGCUAGGGCUUAUGCUCAACUUGAGGAGCGAGGGGCAUUCUUCGGGGGGUUGUGGAGACUCGAUUUUGCCAAGCGUUGGGCACUCAUUUAUUGAGCUCGCUAGGGUUUGGCAAGCUCCCUUGUAUGAGAUAACCCUUAAUUUUCCUCAAUUCAGCGAUUCCACACAAAGUGGAGGUUUUCCAGUAGUUCAACAUAGUGAACAACAAAGAGUCUCCCCAAUUUUUAAUAGCUUAGUUAUUAACGAGACAAGAAAGGACGUGGAGGCUGAAUUCCUGAGCAGCAAAUAUGUAAUACCCAGAAACAGUUGUUUUUACAUGUCUGAUAUGAGGGAGAUUCAGAACCUGAUUCCUGCUGAAUCUGAUAAUGGUUUCAAUCUUAUACUGAUUGAUCCACCAUGGGAAAAUAGCAGUGCGCACCAGAAAUUGAAGUAUCCAACCUUACCAAAUCGAUUCUUCUUAUCACUUCCAAUUAAGGAGCUUGCUCAUGCAGAAGGAGCUGUGCUAGCCUUAUGGGUGACCAACAGGGAGAAAUUGCGGACUUUUAUUGAGAAAGAACUGUUUCCCUCUUGGGGAGUCAAAUUCAUGGCUACUUUUUAUUGGUUAAAGGUGAAACCAGAUGGCCUAUUGUUAAGUGACUUGGAUCUCUUCCAUCAUAGACCAUAUGAAUGCCUUCUUGUGGGUUACUGUCAUGGCAAGGCUGUGGAUUCUGAAUGCUCAUCAAGAUUCAAAUCUAUACCAGAUAAUCAAGUUUUCAUUAGUAUUCCUGGGGAUUACUCUAGGAAGCCCCCAAUUGGAGAGUUGCUACUGGAUUAUGUACCUGGAUUCAGCCCUGCUCGCUGCAUUGAACUAUUUGCUAGAGAAAUGAUAGCUGGAUGGACUUCAUGGGGGAAUGAACCACUUCAUUUUCAAGAGUCUAGGUAUUUUGUAAGGAGAACAGAUACAUAAUGCAUUCAGACAAUUACUGUUGAACUGCCAUUUGGACCUGGUACCCGCUCCAGCAUUGUGCUAGUGCUUACAUGUACUUCUCACUAUAAGUGAUUGAUGAAAACUACUAAUAGAAAAGCUUGUAAAACCUACAUGGAAAAGGUAUCACUGAGAGUCGGCACUUGUAGUUGCCUUUCCAGUAUGAGAGUUCUAGUCGAAGCAGGCAUGGAAUAUCAGCCAAAGCAAUUCAAUGAACAUUUUCUAAAGCUAAUUUGUGAUGUUUGGUUAGGUUGUGUGAGCUUUCUUAAUGUUCAAGCCUUAAAUGUAAUAUUCUUUGCCAAUCAACCGACUAGUGUUGGAGUGUUGAUUCUGGCUUUUUGUGAACUUACGAGUCAAAAUUGUUUAUCCCCUACCUUUUGCUUUUUCGUUGCCAUCAGUUGCUAUUAGAGCUACAUGCUUCUUACCAUCAUAGUUUCACAAAGAAUACAUGCUUUUGAAGAUAUUUAUGACCAAGAUGCAAUGGCAGUUUCUACGAUCAAUUCCCUUGAUUGCCUGAGGGAUCCCCAGAAAAAAAAAAUGGUGCCUGUAAAUGAGCUGCUGAGCUGCUCUACGUAACUGAGCAAUAGACCUUAGUGCUUCUCAUAAUAUUUUAUUAUGUAGAUCAUUUGUUGUCAAGAUAACUAUUCCAUGAUCCAACAUCAUAACCACUUAAUUGAUAUUGUUUACAAGUAAAAUGAUAUUUAUUAUUCUUUGAUUCAAUAGAACCUAAAAAGUAUAUCGAAGUGACUAAAUUGAAAUGCAUCAGCAGUGAUGGAAUUAGAAUCAGAAUGUCAGGGGCUAAAGUGUUAAAAUAACAGAUUUUUUAAUCUGAAGUCCAAAGUGAUGUAAGUUGACCAAAAUUUGUUUGGUUCGCUCCUUUUUUUUUUUCCCUUUUCCCGUGUUUCUUUGUCCAUUUGUUUCAUGAAAUUAGUGAUCAUGC